AAGUUUCAUUUGCAGAUUGCAGCCAGCUCUCAUGGCGGCCGGGUCUCUGCCAGCGUCCAUGGCGCCGUACUUUCCGGGGUACCGGCCGUUUGACCCGGAGUCUCUGGGGUUGGGGGCCGGAUUCCGCCUCACUUCGUUCUCGGAUCUGAAGGGAUGAGGCUGUAAAGUCCCGCAGGAGACUCUGCUCAGACUCCUGACGGGACUGGAAAAUGGGGAGCCCAGCGAAAGCUCCUGUGCGGUGCAGGAGGGAGGAAACCCGAGGCUGGGAAUUGGUAUGGACUCGUGUGUAAUCCCUCUAAGACACAGAGGACUGUCCCUUGUGCAGACCACCGACUUCUUCUAUCCAUCCGUGGAGGACCCCUACAUGCAGGGUCGUAUUGCCUGUGCGAACGUGCUGAGCGACCUCUACGCCAUGGGUAUCACUGAGUGUGACAACAUGCUGAUGUUACUCAGUGUCAGUCAGAAGAUGACGGAGGAGGAACGGGAGAAGGUUACACCACUGAUGAUCCAAGGCUUUAAAGAUGCAGCUGAGGAGGGAGGCACCUCUGUCACCGGCGGCCAGACCGUGGUCAAUCCAUGGAUCAUCAUCGGAGGAGUAGCGACAGUCGUUUGUCAGUCAAACGAAUUUAUCAUGCCACAGAACGCUGUACCAGGUGACGUCCUCGUCCUGACGAAGCCUCUAGGGACGCAGGUGGCUGUGAACGCUCAUCAGUGGUUGGACAAUGCUGAUCGCUGGAACAAGAUCCGUCUGGUGGUGACCAGAGAAGAAGUCGAGCUGGCGUAUCAGGAAGCCAUGUUUAAUAUGGCUACUCUGAAUCGCACAGCUGCAGCGUUGAUGCACACAUUUAAUGCUCACGCUGCUACCGAUAUAACCGGUUUUGGAAUCUUAGGCCAUGCCCAAAACCUGGCCCAGCAGCAGCACUGUGAAGUUACCUUUGUCAUCCACAAUUUGCCCAUCAUUGCCAAGAUGGCAGCCAUCACAAAAGCCUGCGGAAGCCGUUUCAGUUUACUUCAAGGAACAUCUGCAGAGACUUCUGGUGGGCUACUUAUCUGCCUUCCGAGGGAGCAAGCCGCCCGCUUCUGUGCCGAGAUAAAAUCGCCAAAGUAUGGAGAGGGACAUCAAGCCUGGAUCAUUGGUAUCGUAGAAAAAGGAAACCGGACAGCCCGCAUUAUCGAAAAGCCACGGAUUAUAGAAGUGACCCCGCGUGGCGCCGGGACCAGCGACAGUAGCACUACAUCAACUCUAGAUGGACCUUGCUAAUCUGGAAAGUCCAACGGUGCCUCAGGUCUCUUGCUUGAACAUAGUUGUUUUUUUUGACUUUACAAAAAGGGGUAAAUGGAUAAAGCUACUUGAAUGUAUAAUUAUCUGCAUCAGAUGAUAAUAUACAAAUGAUGGAGUGAUUUAUUAUAAUUUUUUUUUAAUUUUGCUGUCACCAUGGAUAUGAGAACAUUCGUAAGGCCCUUCCAUAGUAAAUCUCCUCCACUCUAAGGUCCAGGCCUGAGCAGCUGGGUCUUGGAGUUAUGGAGGAGAAGGGGCUCUGGUUGCCGUCCAUACCCUCCUUCUGUUAAUGACGUCUCUUCCUAUAAAACCCAGUAUGGGGCCGGAGGCGACAGAGGAAUUCAGACGAGGGUGGGGCAGUUGACGCAUCCCCAGGAUAGGGCCUUUUUAGAUUAUUAUAUUUUUUUUUUCCAAUAAAAAAAAUUCUCUUCAUGAACCAAUAA